UGGAAUACUUUUGGGCCACUAACUAAGAUUUUUCAUUUUUCAACGCAUUGACUUGAAUUGACAGUUGGGAUUUGCUAGUAUAGCGCGCUGCACGAAUCUCUGUACCGAAUUACAGGAACCCAAAAACCUUCCUUACUUUCCCUUCCCAUUUCUUCUCCCAGCUAUCUGUUACUUCCCUCUCCCACUCUCCAGGACUCCUCGAUCUCCUCCCGCCAAAUCUCGCCGUCUCUCUGCCUUCCGAUCAUGCCGGAGCUGGCGGAGACCUACGCUUGCGCGCCGUCGACGGAGCGCGGGAGAGGAAUUCUCAUCUCCGGCCAUCCCAAGUCCAACUCCAUCUUGUACACAAACAACCGCUCAGUCCUAAUUCUCAACCUCGACAACCCUCUCGACGUCUCCGUCUACGGCGAGCACGCCUACCAGGCAACCGUCGCUAGAUUCUCGCCCAAUGGAGAGUGGAUCGCCUCCGGUGAUGCUUCCGGCUCCGUCAGGAUCUGGGGGGCCUACAACGACCACGUUUUGAAGAAGGAGUUCAAGGUCUUGACUGGCCGGAUCGACGAUCUUCAGUGGUCCCCUGACGGGCUCAGGAUUGUUGCCGCAGGCGACGGCAAGGGCAAAUCGCUGGUUCGAGCUUUCAUGUGGGAUUCGGGCACAAAUGUCGGGGAAUUCGAUGGGCAUUCCAGGCGAGUUUUGAGCUGUGCGUUCAAGCCGACGAGGCCGUUUCGAAUUGUGACUUGUGGGGAGGACUUCUUGGUCAACUUCUAUGAAGGGCCUCCAUUUAAGUUCAAGCUUUCUCACAGGGAUCAUUCGAAUUUCGUCAAUUGUGUAAGAUUUUCCCCAGAUGGUAGCAAGUACAUUAGUGUUAGUUCUGACAAGAAAGGACUCAUAUUUGACGGAAAGACUGCUGAGAAGAUUGGGGAAUUGGCUUCGGGGGAGGGUCACAAGGGCAGUAUCUAUGCUGUUAGCUGGAGUCCUGAUAGCAAACAGGUGCUUACUGUUUCUGCUGACAAGUCUGCAAAAGUGUGGGAAAUCUGUGGCGAUGGUAGCGGGAAAUUGAAGAAGACAUUGACUUGUGGAGAAUCGGGUGGAAUUGAUGAUAUGCUAGUUGGUUGUCUUUGGCAGAAUGACCAUCUUGUCACAGUUUCUCUUGGGGGGACAAUUAGUAUUUUCUCUGCAAGUGAUCUUGAUAAGAGUCCUGUCCAAAUAUCUGGACACCUGAAGAAUGUUACUUCUUUAGCUGUCCUUAACAGUGUUCCCAAGACUAUACUGUCAAGUAGCUAUGAUGGUUUGAUAAUUAGGUGGAUUCAGGGAACUGGGUACAAUGGUAAAUUGCAGAGGAAGGAAACUAGUCAAAUCAAAUCCUUAGCUGCUAUUGACGAAGAGAUUGUUACUUCUGGAUUUGACAAUAAGAUAUGGCGAGUUAAGUUAAGUGGAGAUUCAGAUUCCGUCGACAUUGGGAGUCAACCAAAAGACUUCAGCCUUGCUCUUAACUGCCCCGAGCUAGUUUUGGUCACAAUUGAUUCUGGUGUUGUCAUGCUUCAUGGUACAAAAGUUGUUUCAACCAUCAAUCUUGGGUUUCCCGUAACUGCAUCUGCAGUUGCACCAGAUGGAUCUGAAGCAAUCAUAGGUGGGCAAGAUGGCAAGUUGCAUGUCUAUUCUAUCAGAGGUGAUACACUUACAGAAGAAGCUGUGCUUGAAAAGCAUCGAGGUGCUAUCACUGUGAUUGAUUACUCUCCAGAUACAUCCAUGUUUGCUUCUGGUGAUUCAAAUAGAGAAGCUGUAAUUUGGGAUCGGGUCUCGAGAGAGGUGAAGCUCAAGAACAUGUUGUACCACACAGCCCGGAUAAACUGCCUAUCCUGGUCUCCCGACAAUCGGAUGAUCGCCACAGGAUCACUCGACACAUCCAUCAUCGUAUAUGAACUGGACAAGGCAGUUUCUAGUAGGAUGACCAUCAAGGGAGCUCACCUGGGUGGGGUUUAUGGAUUGGCUUUUGUUGAUGACUGCAGCGUGGCAAGUUCUGGAGAGGAUGCUUGUAUUCGUGUUUGGAGGUUAACUUAACCCCUCACGGAAAAGAACAUUGAAGGGAUCUCCGCAGGGUUGAAGUUGAAUGGAAUCAAGCUUGUGCUUAUCCACCUUGAGUUGUGUUGGAAUUUCGUGUGCUAGCUUAGCUGACAAGCUCUCUUGAUCAGGUUACAAUCGAACAGGUAUGAGCGUUAGCAGUACGAGUGUCUGUCCGUAGGUUGUUGUAAAGUAGUGUUCCAGGUGACUCAACCAAUUGUUGGAAUGUCUGGAUGAUGCAUACUUGAGUAUGAACCGCGUAGUGUUGUACAAGCGUGAUUGAGCUAUAUGCAGUUUGGGAGUCGGAGGAAGGUUGAACCCGUUUUCAUUGGUGUUCUGGCUUUCAGGGACAAUGCCUGGGUAUGGUUCCGUAUUUCUGUGAGGCCGUGUGGUUUGCUGGCAAAUGUAAUGUGAGCUAUAUUACUUUCCUGGUCUUGCCUCUUCUUACCGUUUGUUGUGUUUUCUGGUUCGUUGUCUGUUGUAUGUAUCAAAGAGAGAUUCAGAGUUUGGGUUCCAUUCCAAGGAGACACCUAUUUGAGGGCUUUUGCCUUGAUAUGGGAGUGAUUAUUGUUUGUUGUUUCAACUAUUUAUUUAAUUGCCAAGCUUCAUUGAUAUUGCUGGUUAGAAGAAGUGAAAGCAUUUCCUUCUUUGGGAGAUAAAUCUGUGGUGAUAAGUAGGGGUGGCUAUUUGGUUUUAUCCGAAAUCGGACUAAAUAACCCGGAUCGAGACCGGGCCGGGAUCUGAUAGCAAACAAUCAAAUCACAUUUUUGGGCUAAGAGUUGAGGUAAAAAACCGUUCGGGAUCGGACGGAAAACUGGAUAAGAGAACCCAACAUCUAAAACUUAACCAACUCCUCAUCCUUUCAGGCUGCUCAAAUCCUCACAAGCUCAAUUUAAAAUCAAGACCGAAUUGGGAUCGGACAGGAUCAAGAUCGGACUGUAUCCAAUCCAAUCUUUAGUCUUUAUUAUUCGGAAAAGACCAAACUGGGACCGGAACAAUUCGGGUCAAUUUAACCGGACCGGACCGUAUAGCCACCCCUAGUGAUAAGUCGAUCCGGUUGAGCUAGUUCCCCCUGUCGAGCAUCUUUUUCUUUCAUUUCUCUCGUCUGAAAAAUCUAGGGUUAUAGGUAUAAUAUGCCCCUCUACUAUGACGUUUUAUCAAACAUGCCCCUCUACUAUUUCUUACAUCAAAUAUACCCUUGUACUUUGAAAAAACUAUCAACCAUGCCUUUUAGACGACCCAACAUCGGGAAAUGGGAGGGAAAACGUCUGUUUUGUCCCCUGUUUUGUUUUCCUUGGUCUUCUCAAAGUGAAAUUAUUUGAAUGAUUUGAUUAUAGUAUCAUACAAAAGAACCAAAAAAAAUUCUAAAGUGAAUUUAUUAGGGAUAUUUUAGUCAUUUGUGUCGCCCAAACUAAAGUUCGGCCUUGGUUAAAGGUUUUUUAUGAAAAUUUUAACAAAAGAGCAUGUUUGAUUAUUUUUACAAAGUACAGGAGCAUGUUUGAUGUAAAAAAUAGUAAAGGGACGUGUUUGAUAAAACGUCAUAGUAAAAUGGCAUAUUAUACCUAUAACCCAAAAAUCUACUAGUUCGAAUGCCUUUUACUAUCACCAAGAGUGAAUGAGAAUCACGAAGGGCACAUUAUACCCAUAACCCUACGAAAAAGUUGGCAAUCAACAAGAGAAUCACGAAUUCAGAGAGCAGGGCAAUGUCCUAAUCUCAAUAAUCGUCUGAGAAAAGAUUUAUCUUGUCCCUUAAUCCAUUUUCUUAAGUAUAAUAUAACCAAACGAUAAGGGUAUAACCCGAUCCUGAUUGCCGUGGUUAAACGUCAUUUUCAUUGUAGGACCCCGGGCGGGUUGACUAGUGUAGUGUGAUGAGGAGCACGUGAAAACAGGGUGUCGUAUUGGUUGCCCAAAAUUUUGGCUCUAGGUAAGGGGAAUCUCUGACGGUCCCAUGAUUCAUUAUUGAGUGAGUCCGAGUGCAAUUUACGAGAGCGAGAGAUAUAUCUCUUCCGUUCCGUGAGUCCAAUCCACAUAUUGGAUUGGAUGUCCGUUUCUCUUUUAUUACUUUGGUCCCCGUCCCUCCAUUGAUUCCUUCCUUCCACCUUCCGCUGUACACUACAGAAUUGAAUAAUUGCAGUUGAAUUCUUUCUUUGUGUUCUUGACGUUUCUCCUUACGGCCGGUACUGAUCUUUCUUCACAUUCACACGUUGCCCCGUUUUGAACCUCAUUUGUUUCGACGCAAGCAAACUCAACUCAUGAUGCCAUGGCUUGGCGAGUAGAAGUUAGUAAUGUAAUGUACUUGGACACGUGGCCGGGUAUGUAUGAUUGUUUUGUUUGUCUAGAUUAAUACUUAGCUUGGGUUCGGUUUAACUUGUUUGGUUGGGUUAUGAGGUUUUCUGUAACAUUUUUUAUUUGAGUCCUUUGGCUGAUUGUGUGCGUUGGAUGUCUGAACAUGAACAAGAGUAGACGGAUUUAACAUUUUGCUAUUAUACCGUGAUAUAUAGUUGAACAUGAGUGAUUUUUAUUCUAGCAAGAGAUUGCUCUAAAAAAAUAUAGGACAAAUACUCAUCUUGGCUUGGAAGAUCACAUUUUGUUAUAUAUAGUUUGAAUUGGGCGAUUGAUUUGAAAAAAGUAUUUCCAUGAUGGUCACUAUUGUGUUGUGUUGUGUUGUGUAACCUUUUUUCAAAGCCCGGUAGCCAUUUCGUUACCUAUCCCAGCUUGAGUAACUACUUUGGCCAAUUACCCUUAUACACCACCGUAUAAGAACACUCCACUUGAACACAUUCUUUGACGGGUGACACAGGGGACCAUGGACCAUACUCAAGUUGUUAUUCAACUUGAAUUUUGCUAUAUAUCAUUCUUAAGAGCUACGCAUCAAUCACGUCAAAAUCAACACACUUAAUCAAGCGUAUUACCGGUA